AUGUGGGUGUGGGUGUGGGUGGUGCGGAAGACGGAUGAGAUGCGAUGCGAUACGAUGCUGCAGGCUCGCCAUUUCUCUCCUAGCGAGAUGCAGCGAGGUCCGCAGGCACAUCACAUCCGCUGUCGGGCAAUUCUCAGCACACAGGAGCAGCAGCAGCAGCAGUUCCUGCAGAAGAGAGGGCCCAUUCUAACCAUGCUCAGCGCAGUCUCCGGUGAAGGUGAGCUCAGCGUGCAGGAGGGUCGGGAUGGGAUUGUGCAGAACACCGGAAAGAAAGCCACUAUCCCCCACGAUGCUUACUCCUAUUACCCAGGAUAA